AUGGCCAACAAGAGAAUCGUUACCGAACUCGGCCAAGUAUCGAACAACCCCGUGCCAGGCACAUCGGUGCAGCUCGCCGAAGAAGGCAACGUCUUUCUAUGGGACGUCGUCAUGCAGGGCCCUGAGGACUCUGUCUAUGCCAACGCAAAUUUCAAGAUCGAAGUCUCGCUACCAAAGGAGUACCCCUUCAAGCCACCCACCGUUUCGUUCAAGACAAAAAUCUACCACCCAAAUGUCACAAAUGACGACAAGGGUAGCAUGUGCUUAGGCAUGCUUCGCUCCGACCAAUGGAAGCCUCCGAACAAGAUCCGCGACGUUCUCAUCCUCGUCCGCCAAAUCCUCGCCGCCCCCCAACCCGAUGAUGCCGUUGAAAGUAGAAUCGCCGACGAGUAUAAAAACAACCGCGAGACCUUCGACAAGAACGCAAAGGAAUUCAUCGCAAAGUACUGCAAGUAG